AGCUGCACACUCCAUGGCCAACAUGCGCUCCCUGAUGGACAUUCCGACUUCGAUAACCAAAGUAUCAGUGGAACGAGUAAUCAUGCAGCAGAUGAGAAUGCCGUACCCGAUAUUGAAACCAAACCAAACCGUCCCAAGAAACGUCCAGAAGCUGGGUCGAGCGCAAGUGGAACAAAUUCAGUCGAGCAGGCUGCUAAUUCUGGCGAAAAGGGAACCAAGCCUGAGAAGAAAAAAGUAGAGACUAAGGACGAGCUAAGCAAAGUUCUCGACUUCAAAAAGUUCGACAUUUCCGAGUUGGAUUGCAUUUUCGCGGAUUUUAAAACAACGUUGGAUCCAUUCGUCCAAAAUCGCGAGGACAUGGCUAAAGCAGAGGAAUCCUUUAAGAAAGCUGUUACCACGCUGGAACAAAUCAGUCUGCAUGCGCAGUUCAGUGAAUAUGUGCACGCCCUGAAGACGCGACUCACAUCAGAGGGAAUCGUAGUCAAGAUAAAAGAAGGAGCUCUGGCCAUUUACACAGAGGGAAAAAAGACAGUACAAGAAAUUCUUGACGCAGUAGCUGCUGUAAAUGCCAUACUCAAACUGUCGAAGGAAUUAAAAGCUAUGCCGAUGAUUAUCGCAAGAGGAAGUGACGAUGCAGUCGAGAGAGCUGAAGGAAUGGAUGUGCAAGGAAUCUUGAAACGAGAGUUUAAGAGCGUGUGGGAUUUGGGAAAGAUCCCAAGGCUCAAAAAGGCCUUCAGCAACAACGUCCAACAAGUGAGGAGAGCUCCUGACAUGGUGCGGGAUUUCUACAGCCAAGCCAAGAAGAUCAUCCUUGAAAUUUAUCAUGCUUUUGCCGAUGAAGAGGAACAGAAGAAAAUUGAAGGGGAGCUGAACGAGGGCGACGACACUUCAAAAGAAAAAGAUAAAAGCGAAGGCAAUGAGGCGGAAGGAGCAAAUGGAGGAAGCACCUCAAGGAAGAAGACUGACAAGAAGGAAGGAAGUAAAGCUGACAAAAGUAAGUCCAACAAGGAAAAGGACAAAGAGGAGUUUCACAAGAAGUUGAAGUUUGAUUCAGUGGGUCUUGAUGACAUUGAUGAUACGUUUUCUUCCCUCGCAACUGCCAUCAAUCCGUUCGUGGAAACGCGUGAGAGCCUGCAAGCCGCCAAAGAAUCUUUCGAGAAUAUCGCUAAGAAGAUCCUUAACAUUGACGCAAAGAAGGAACUUAAAGAGUACAUCAAAGAGUUAAAAAAAGACGCCAAGGAAGGAAACAUUACGAUCUACAUCGAUGAAACAGAUGGCGAGAUUAAAGUGAAAUCAAUUGAAGGCGUAAAACCGCCCAAGCCUUACCGUGAUGCAGUUGAAGCGCUGAAGAACAUCAGAACAGCCGGAAGUGAAGCAGUGGAACUUGAGCCAGAUGUGCAGCAUGGAAUAGAAGAGGUAAUGCACAGAAUCACUCAAAUCAAUCCACAGCGUGACUUUCACAGCUUGCUUAAGAAGAAGUCUGAUGUAUUUGCUCUUCCAGGGAAGAUAAAAAGAUUCAACGAGAAUCGUAAAAAAGCACAAGAGAUUCCGGGUAUUGUCAAAGAGUUCUGCCUGUAUGUGGAGCGCAUUCUAACCGACAUCCUUGAAGCUUUGACAGGGGAAGAGGACUCAGCGACAAAGAAAGAAGAGGGCAGCGGUGGAGAAGGAGAUAAAAGUCCGACAGAUGAGAAUCAACCAAAGAAAUACGAGUCGCAUCAUAAGCCAUUGGAAGGUCCCGUGAGCAGCUGCACACCCCAUGGCCAAGAAACGCUCCCUACUGGAUAUUCCGACUUCGAUAACCAAAGCGUUAAGGGAAUGAAAGGUGAUCGUGCACCAGAUGAGAAUGUCGUACCCGAUGUUGAAACCAAACCAAACCGUCGCAAGGAACGUCCAGAAGCUGGGUCGAGCGCAAGUGGAACAAAUUCAGUCGAGCAGGCUGCUAAUUCUGGCGAAAAGGGAACCAAGCCUGAGAAGAAAAAAGUAGAGACUAAGGACGAGCUAAGCAAAGUUCUCGACUUCAAAAAGUUCGACAUUUCCGAGUUGGAUUGCAUUUUCGCGGAUUUUAAAACAACGUUGGAUCCAUUCGUCCAAAAUCGCGAGGACAUGGCCAAAGCAGAGGAAUCCUUUAAGAAAGCUGUUACCACGCUGGAACAAAUCAGUCCGCAUGCGCAGUUCAGUGAAUAUGUGCACGCCCUGAAGACGCGACUCACAUCAGAGGGAAUCGUAGUCAAGAUAAAAGAGGGAGCUCUGGCCAUUUACACAGAGGGAAAAAAGACAGUACAAGGAAUUCUUGACGCAGUAGCUGCUGUAAAUGCCAUACUUAAACUGUCGAAGGAAUUAAAAGCUAUGCCGAUGAUUAUCGCAAGAGGAAGUGACGAUGCAGUCGAGAGAGCUGAAGGAAUGGAACUGCAAGAAAUCUUGAAACGAGAGUUUAAGAACGUGUGGGAUUUGGGAAAGAUCCCAAGGCUCGAAAAGACCUUCAGCAAAAACGUCCAACAAGUAAGGAGAGCUCCUGACAUGGUGCGCGAUUUCUACAGCCAAGCCAAGAAGAUCAUCCUUGAAAUUAAUCAUGCUUUUGCCGAUGAAGAGGAAAAGAAGAAAAUUGAAGGGGAGCUGAACGAGGGCGACGACACUUCAAAAGAAAAAGAUAAAAGCGAAGGCAAUAAGACGGAAGAAGCAAAUGGAGGAAGCACCUCAAAGAAGAAGACUGACAAGAAGGAAGGAAGUAAAGCUGACAAAAGUAAGUCCAACAAGGAAAAAGACAAAGAGGAGUUUCACAAGAAGUUGAAGUUUGAUCCAGUGGGUCUUGAUGACAUUGAUAAUAUGUUUUCUUCCCUCGCAACUGCCAUCAAUCCGUUCGUGGAAACGCGUGAGAGCCUGCAAGCCGCCAAAGAAUCUUUCGAGAAUAUUGUUAAGAAGAUCCUUAACAUUGACGCAAAGAAGGAACUUAAAGAGUACAUCAAAGAGUUAAAAAAAGACGCCAAGGAAGGAAACAUUACGAUCUACAUCGAUGAAACAGAUGGCGAGAUUAAAGUGAAAUCAAUUGAAGGCGUAAAACCGCCCAAGCCUUACCGUGAUGCAGUUGAAGCGCUGAAGAACAUCAGAACAGCCGGAAGUGAAGCAGUGGAACUUGAGCCAGACGUGCAGCAUGGAAUAGAAGAGGUCAUGCACAGAAUCACUCAAAUCAAUCCACAGCGUGACUUUCACAGCUUGCUUAAGAAGAAGUCUGAUGUAUUUGCUCUUCCAGGGAAGAUAAAAAGAUUCAACGAGAAUCGUAAAAAAGCACAAGAGAUUCCGGGUAUUGUCAAAGAGUUCUGCCUGUAUGUGGAGCGCAUUCUAACCGACAUCCUUGAAGCUUUGACAGGGGAAGAGGACUCAGCGACAAAGAAAGAAGAUGGCAGCGGUGAAGAAGGAGAUGGUCAGAAAUGA